CUACCAAGUGCCUACACGAUUUGUUACAAAAUACAUAAAAUUAGUGGUUUAAUGAUUAGACUCUGUGUAUGUGCACGUGUUUUUACCUUUUAAAUGACUACUAAUAUUUAGUCAGUUUAUAAAAAUGGGCUGCCUUAGUGACGUGUAUUUUUGGAGGCAGUGUAUGGUGCUCAUAGCCAACUCCAUGCUAUCGGUCGGUGCUGGUUUCAUGCUGUCAUUUCCAUCGGUGCUGAAUCCAGACAUACUGUCCCCAAACGGCACUGGAAUACACGCAACUCCAGAUCAAGCUUCUUGGAUAGCUGGUAUCAAUGGAAUUUCGGGCUUGGUUGGAUUUUGCGUGGCACCAUACAUUAUGCAAAUUUAUGGCCGGAAACCCGUCAACAUUGGGUUGAAUGUUCUUUCUGGUCUCGGUUUUCUUAUAUUUGCACUGGCAAGUAACGUUCCCUGUUUAUACGCAGCAAGGAUCAUGCAAGGGGUACCAAUGUGUGCAUCUUUCAUUUCAAACGUUAUAUUGGGAGAGUACUCACACCCAAAAAGACGGGGAUAUUUCACCUCUAUAAAGAAAAGUAUGGUUGCAAUCGGUUCGUUAAUGUGCCACUUCUUGGGUAUGUAUUGGACCUGGAAACAGAUAGCUGCUUUUGCAACUGUUCCAUAUAUCAUUGCAAUAAUUUUUACGCUUACGUGGCGUGAAAGUCCAUCGUUUUUGGCUCUGAAAGGAGAAUAUGAUGAGUGUGAAAAAUCACAUAGAUGGAUAUUUGGAGACGGUGCAAAGAGUAAGAGAGAAUUACAGGAGUUGAUAUCAACUCAGAUGGAAGUAAGAAACCGGACAAAGAUAAGGGAAAGCCUGGGUGCUGUGAUCAGAAAGUUACUAAAGCAAGAAUUCGUAAAACCCUUUUUAAUUGUUUCUUUAUUGACAAUGAUAAUGGAUGCAGGUGGAUGUUUUUAUAUGCUUGCAUAUGUAGUUCAAAUCCUAACUGAAGUCACGGAUGAUAAGUCUAUCGCUACAUAUUUGACCAUAGGCUCCGAUAUAUUAACAUUGACUGCGUUAAUAAUGUCAUGUUUUGUGAUCCGAUGUUGUAAAAGACGGACCUUACUAUUUACUUCUGGUGUAACUUGUGUGUUUUUGAUGUGUCUUACAAGUCUGGUUACGUUUUUGAAAUCUCGUUAUCAUAUUGGGGAAUCCUUGUACUGGUGGUUUAUCCCUUCAAUUAUUUUAUCAAAUGUUUUCGUUGUUAACGUAGGGAUCGUACCCUCAGGUUUUGCAAUAAUGUGUGAGAUAUUUCCAUUAGAACACAAAGGUGCAGGUGUCUGUGCAACGGGUAUAGUUUUUACCAUUUUAUUUUCACUUGUUAUGAAACUUACUCCACUGAUGAUGGAGAAAAGUGGAGUUGAAGGCACAUUUGGCAUCUAUGCACUUCACGUGGCUGUGGGUUUGUUGAUAUUAUAUUUCAUUUUAAAUGAAACUAAGGAUAAAACGUUACAGGAAAUAGAAAAAGAAAUCAGAGGAUUUAAACAAUCUAAGUUUAAUGAGUAUUAUUUAAAUGAUAAACCGCUAAUCGAAGCAUAAAACCACUUCUUUUCAAAUGUAAGAAUUUUGUUAUUGCGUCAGCAAAAGGGUGAGGAAGGCGCGUAGUUCAGGUCCUCCCACAUCUUUAUUCUACUUUAUUUUAUUAUGUACCUACUUUGUCAUUAAAUUAUUGUACUAACCCUAUAUCUACUAACCACAUUAUUUAUUUUGUACUCACUUAUAUUGCAUCCUAUUUACCGUCCGAAACUUCUGGCUUCACGGAAGACCAGCGCUGUGCCUGCGUCCCCGACACAGGCGCAGCAAAUGCUGAGUGGAGUCCAUUUUGGCACCACACACCAC